AUGUCCGUGACGUCAAAGGAUGAGGACUGGUUUUCUUGGGCAUCGCGCUUGAAGGUGGGAGAUGGGCUGUGGUACCAGCGCUGCGAGGGCACCCCAGUUAAGGCGACAGUCGAGAAGAUUUGCUUGACGAGCCGCACAUGCUGGGUGCAGUAUCAGGUGCAGCCUCUGAAAGGUGGCAGACAGAACCGCCGUGCCCUGGUCAAAGUCGAGGAGCUGAUGCGGGUGCAGCAGGAUCAAGAACGCUUGAGCAGUGUGGCAAGCUCCAUCGCUUCUGAAGUCGCUUCGGAACAAGGUUCCAUCUGUGAGGCUGGCUGGGCCUCGGAAGGCUACACGCCGACUAUGGCCGAGACCAUGCCGGCGCAUCGAUCCUUGAGGUCAAGAGGACUGAGCAUGGUCGUGAGCGAAGAUGAAGAUGUUGUGGGUGCGCGAUGCAGGCCUCAACGAGCCUACAGCAUGGUCGUUGAGGAGGAGGAGGAGCCACAGAGGCGAACCGCGACCAGCAUGAUCUUUGAUGAUCUUGAGAGCCUGGACAUGAGCCCUUCCAGAACUCUGCCAAGGCAUGCCGUGCACGCGAAGAACCCCACGCAGCAUGGUCAGCGAGAUGCCGGAGAACUGGUCUGA